AUGGAAUCUGUGCAGGGCAUGGAAGCGGUGGGGGCGUUGAAUCCCAUGGAAUUCCAAUGGGAUGAUACAUGGAACUCGACACAGUACGACUUCAACAACUACACCGACUACUAUUCGUACAACAAUUACGGCAACAUGGGUUCCCUCGAAGCUCUGUAUACCUUCUUCGUUUGGGAGACCUGGAUAUCGAUCAAAAUUUUGGUAUCUAAGAAACUGAUCUACCCAGUCUUUCUCUACACCCUCAGCGUAGCUUGUAUAGCCAUUGCUCUUAACGUCAGGGAGUGCUACCGAGCAGCUUGGGUCACCACCUCCAUUGCCAUUGGGGUUGCUAUCAUCCAAUCUAUCACCGAGACGGAUUUUGUAUACGUAGUCAAGGACACCAUGGUCAGGCUCAUCCUCGUUCACAAUAUGGGUGCUGUCGUCAUGAUUCUGUGGGAGAAGUUCUGUCUCACAGAGGAGCAGAAAAGGCUACCCUGGGGACGACGUGCCAUCGCCACGUACAAGAUCAUGUGGAAUUCAAGAUUCGUCAACACCUCCCGACCCGCUCCUAUCUUCCAUCUGUUAAAAGCAGACGAGGAGCGUCAAAACAUAAUCCUUUGCGCCGCCACCGAAAUGGACAACGAUAAGGAACUCAACAAUAAUACCGCUCUCGUUGAUCGGCACGAUGACCACAACGGCGACUUACCUUACAUCAAAGCGACAUGGAAUGGUGCGUGUGAAGUUGGCCAUCGUGCCUGGGACUAUGCUAGCUGGCCUUUUGCCUGUCUCUGGAAAUGGCUCAGCCCCAGGAAUCGCUGGAUCAUAACAACAAUCGCAAUAGUCACGAUUGUCUGGGUUCUAGAUCGCAUAAUCGACCAAAUCGCGCAGGUAACCAUCGGCUUCAACUGGGAUGAUGUUGAACUUCACAAGAUUCAUUUCUUCCGCCGUCUGAAUGAAGUCACCUCCCGCGAGGUCGUUAUCCGCUGCUUCUUCGCUUUCCAGGCAGUUUGGGGUGCCUACGCAUUCUACACUAUGAUUCAUUCCUCCAUCGCCAUCUUCUUUGUGGUCCUCCACAUUGACGAGCCCGAGGAAUGGCCCCCGGUUUUCGGCGACAUUCGCCAGGCCUGGAACCUCCGUCGCUUCUGGAGCAAGUAUUGGGAUCGUCUGAUUUACCGUGCCGUUAACGGUUUCGGCGAGAUGUUCAUGACCACCAUCGGCUUAGGUCAGCGCCCGUUCCGCGGAAAGAAGCGUUGGCUACUCAACGGGCUCGUCUUCGCCAUCAGUGGCAUCUUUCACGGGUUUACCGACUACUUCUCUGGCAUCCACUGCAGCUACAUGUGGGAGAUCUGGUGGUGGAACAUGAAUUUUGUUGGAAUUGUUGGUGAGACAGCACUGCUCUACUGCCUCCAGACAUACUUCCCUCGUUUCUACCACAAGAUGAGCGGCAAGGCUGGAAAGACCCUUGGGUUUGUUUGGGUGUUCGCAUGGCUAUUCUGGGCCGCUCCGAAGAACCAGUUUACUGCUAUGCAUUGCCUGCCUCAAAACCGUUAG